UAGCUGGACAAUUUCGAAGCCGGGAGAAAAUUAGCGACCAUUGUAGUGGGGAGAGAGUCAGAGAGGAACGAGGAUAUACGGAAUGUGUGUUUGCGAGCGGGGUUGUGGGACAACAAACGAGACGAGGAGGCCUUCGGCGUUUCGGUUUCGCCUUCGUCAGUCGCGCGCGAAAGCUCCAACUUAAGCUGAUCGAUGAUCCACGUCUGACAGACAGAAGUCCACGGACAGACUGAGGACUCGACGAGCGAACACGCAGUGUUCGACAUCGCAAUGGCAUCGAUCUCAAGAAUCAGAGGAAGGAAGAAUCCGUCAAGCAUGAGAUCGUACGCGGCUCUGAUCGUGUUGAUGAUAGGUCUCAGCAGCGCUGACAGGAUCGACACGCCUAUUCCAUGCGGAAACACGUCAGAUUGUAGGAACAUGUCAAUACUUCCGGUGCUUUCGCAAACAGAUGCUUUUUGCAAGGAUGGAUAUUGCAUGUGUCCGAAUGUUGAUAACGGAUUUAAGCGCUGCUCGAUUCAUACAUCCAUAUAUGAGAUUAGAGGUCCGCUGUUUUAUCGAACGUGUAAACACGAUCAGGAUUGUAAAUACGAGGGUGGAUUUUGCAACAGUACCAUUAGGCAGUGCGACUGCAUAAAGGAUUAUGUGCCGUCGAAGAAUAAACAACGUUGUGUCCAAAAGGUCCGUUCGAUCGACGCUUUUUGCAUGGAUGAAAAUCAAUGUUUGGCAUUUCUGGCGAACACCACUUGUGAGAAAAAUAAAUGCGUCUGUAUAUCCGGUUAUUAUUACGUAGACAAUGCAUGUUGGAAAAUGGUCGGAUACAGGCAACCUUGCAGGAAAAAUUCGGAAUGCUCGCAUAUUGAAGAUGUGAUCUGCACGAACGAUAUGAAGUGCGAAUGCUCGUCCGGAAUGGUCCUGAAUGAGGACGGCAAGAGAUGUCUGAUGGCUGCGACAAAAAUCGAAGACGAAUGCGUGGAGUCGGUGCAAUGCGUGGCGACAUUCAAGAACUCUUUGUGCCUCGACAAGACAUGCCAGUGCGAAGCGAAUUAUCAUUACGAACACAACUUGGCUAGGUGUUCUCCCAACAGAGUUCUCGAUGAUGAUUGCGCAAAUGAUUACGAGUGUUAUCAGCCCGAGGAUUAUGAGAAGAAGAAUGAUUCGUCGAUCAAAUCUGUAAUGUGCAAGGCUAACAGAUGCACGUGCGCCGAAAAUUAUGUCAGGCAAGAGAACACAUGUGUGAGCGCCGGUUCAUCAUCGCUCAGGACAUCAAUAAUCUCCGUCUCUGUGAUAACGUUACUUUGCAGCGCUUUAUUCCUGUAAGAUAUAAUUUCCCCGCGCGAAGAAACACGCGAUAUCGUUGCAAGUCAACAAAGAUAAACUUUUGAUAAUCCUAACUAUUAUUAUGUGUACAUUUGUGAGAUAAAUUUAAGGAGGAAACACAUUAGUGCAAACGCAAACAAAGGCGCUGUUGUGUCUAAGGCAAACCUUUAUUGCAGGGAUUGUAAUUAUUUGUAUUAUUACGAGAACUCUGAGGAGAGUCGCAAAUUUCUCACAAAUAAUAGAAAUAUUGCUUUAACGUGCAUAAGAAGCUUGGACACAUAGUGCCUGGCAAACUAAAAGAUGCAUACGAUUGUGUGAAUUUCCCGUGUAAAUGUGCGCGUGUAUUUGUAAGACUGUCACGAUGACAGUUGAAAAGUGAGAAAAAAAGGUACAAAAAAAAGAAAAAAUAGAGAGAUCAAUACAUGGCCUCUUUCGAUAAGAGAUUGAGAAUCCUGUUACAUAUUAGCUGAUUGUAUUUUUGUAAUAAGUUGUGAUAUUUUUUUUUAAAGA